AUGGCCUCCACUACUCCCAGCACCUACAAGCAGGCGGUCUUCAAGGAACAAGGCGCCGGCCUGACCCUAGAAGAGGUUGCAUUGACUCUACCCAAGCGGGAUGAGAUUUUGGUCAAAGUCGAAGCCUGCGGCGUGUGUCAUUCGGACCACUUUGCGCAGACGAAUCUCAUGGGAGGAGGAUUUCCGCUAGUUCCCGGUCAUGAGAUUAUUGGACGUGUGGCAGCUGUCGGAGAGGGCGAGACCGUUUGGAAGGAAGGAGAUCGAAUUGGAGGUGCAUGGCAUGGCGGGCACGAUGGUACCUGCGGGGCAUGCAAAAAGGGCUUCUUCCAGAUGUGCGAUAAUGAGCAAGUCAACGGCAUUUCCCGAAAUGGCGGCUAUGCCGAAUAUUGUAUCAUCCGCCGCGAAGCCGCCGUACACAUUCCAGACCACGUCAAUGCAGCCAAAUACGCACCCAUGCUCUGUGCCGGUGUCACCGUCUUCAACGCAAUGCGCCACAUGAAGAUCCCACCGGGUGAACUGGUCGCCAUCCAGGGUCUGGGUGGACUCGGCCAUCUAGCACUCCAAUAUGCGAACAAGUUUGGCUACCGCGUCGUGGCGCUCUCGCGGGACUCCACAAAGGAGGAAUUUGCACGGAAGCUAGGAGCACAUGAGUACAUCGACACCAGUCGGGAGGAUCCCGUCGCUGCUUUGCAGAAACUGGGUGGUGCUUCUCUGAUCGUGUCAACGGCGCCUGUGCCUGAGAUUAUUAACCCGCUGAUUCAGGGACUUGGUGUUAUGGGGAAGUUGUUGAUUCUGUCCAUUGUUGGUGGUAUUGAGGUGCACACUGGCCUGCUGGUCGGAAAGGGUAAAUCCAUCUGGAGCUGGCCCAGCGGUCAUGCCACCGAUUCCGAGGACGCCAUCGCGUUUGCCGACCUCCAUGGCAUUGAUUGUCUGAUAGAAGAAUUCCCCUUGGACAAGUGCAACGAAGCAUUUGCGGCCAUGAUGGAAGGAAGUGUGCGGUUCCGUGCCGUCAUCACCAUGUAG